AUGUGUGGCAUUUUCUUCUCUUUAUCUGCCGCACCCAUAUCACCGACCCCAGAGACGCGUUCUUUACUGGAAAAGCGAGGGCCCGACUGCUGCCAAACACACACUCUGCACAAGGAGAUCUCAACACCAGAUGAAGGACCCCAAAGUUUCCACCUCACCUUUAUCUCAACGGUGCUGGCACUGAGAGGAGAUCAUGUGUACAAGCAGCCGCUCAUUGAUAAAGCUACUCAGUCAGUGCUCUGCUGGAAUGGGGAGGCUUGGAAGAUCGCUGGGGAGAGAGUCUCGGGGAAUGAUACCGAGCACAUCUUGAGUCUAUUUCUGCGAGCUGUCGCUGGCGAUCGCAAUGGUGCCGCUCAUAGACUGGGUGAGGCCGUUGCAAGCAUAUCCGGGCCAUUUGCAUUUGUCUUCUAUGAUGCGACGAAUUCACGACUCUUCUUUAGCAGAGACUGCCUCGGCCGAAGAUCUCUCCUGCAAGGAUAUGAGGAAGAUGGGACUCUGAAGAUAUGCAGUCUGUGUGAUGGAUCAUCACCGGUGCAUUUUGAGGAAGUCGGAUUCGAGGGGAUCUACAUGAUUGAUCUUGCAAGGUCUUAUGAUCUGUCCGCCUCUAAGAAUCGAUAUCAGAUUGAGACUUUGCCAUGGAGCUCAGACGCCAUAACACCAGAAGGCCAUAUUAAGAAUCCCAUCCCGCCAAUGAAUAUGGAGAUCCCAUCAGAGCAGCCACCUUCCUUGACAAUGGAUACUCCAUUCGUUCAGGAGCUUGAAUCCAAACUUUGCCAAUCACUUGCAUUGAGAAUUGAUGACGUGCCAGAGCCACCUGGUUACAUUCAAGGGCAAAGUGCCAAAGUGGCUGUACUUUUUUCGGGUGGCCUAGACUGUACGCUUCUUGCACGACUUUCUCAUGACAUUCUCCCUAUUGAGGAUCCAAUCGACCUUUUGAAUGUCGCAUUUGAGAACCCUCGAGUGGCAGCAGCGGCUGCCGCGUCUUCAAACAGGCAGAAUCUUCCCCCGUCACUCCCAGGUUCAACAUAUGAAGCUUGCCCCGACCGAAUAACCGGCCGCUCGGCCUACAAUGAGCUACAGGAAACAUGCCCAGGUCGCAAGUGGCGAUUCAUUGCUAUUGACGUACCUUAUACUGAAACCCUCGCACACCGAGAUACUGUGAAGCGUCUCAUGAGACCACAUAACACAGAAAUGGACUUGUCCAUUGCAUGUGCGCUAUACUUCGCCUCACGAGUUUUGCUAUCCGGCUUAGGCGCCGACGAGCUAUUUGCAGGCUACGGCCGACACGGCGUCGCAUUUAAUCGCAGUGGAUUUGAGGGACUAGUGUCCGAAAUUCACCUGGACGUUAGCCGCCUUGGGCAAAGAAAUCUAGGCCGCGAUGACCGUAUCCUCUCCCACUGGGGACGAGAAACCCGCUUCCCUUACCUUGACGAAGAUUUUGUUGCAUGGGUACUUCGUGCCCCAGUGUGGGUGAAAUGUGGGUUUGGCCUCGCGAGUACAGGUGAAAAUCACAUCACAGGUGAAUCAUUAGCAGGUAUUGAUGCGGAGAAAAUGGCCCUUCGACUUGUUGCACUUCGACUCGGCUUGCGCAAUGUUGCACGUGAGAAGAAGCGCGCCAUUCAGUUUGGUGCUCGCACCGCGAAAAUGGAGAAAGGUCGGACAAAAGGUACUGAUGCUCUCAGCUGA